GCUGGUGGGCGCGGCGGGGCCGGGCGUCCGCGUGAGCCCCCGCGGCCUUGGCGCCGUGACCACCGCGCUCGUCCGUGGCCCUCGGCGGCGGGGCCCGGGCCGUCGCGCCGGAGGAGCUUCGUCCACGUCCUCAGAGACGCUGAAAUCUAUCGUCAUCCUUCAAGAUGCAAUGGAAUGUGCCAAGGACAGUAUUUCGACUGGCACACAGGACGUGCCUGGAACCACAAAAAGCUGGCCUUUGGGGACACUGUCAAGACAUGAAAGGACCGUUCAUUUUGUUCAAUGCUAAAUCCAACGUGGUUUUAGCACAAAGCCCUCGAAAACAGUGGCUGCACUUAGCUGCCGCCCAGUGUGUUGCAAAACGGAGCAAAACCUUGGCUGCUCCUCCCCCCGGACCCGAGACGCUGCGCCAUAAGCCACGGGAGCAAGCUGCUGUGUCCUGGAGGGUGUUAUCAUCCAAGGCCACAGGCCACGGAGUUCCUUCAGACCAAAAGGAAGAGGCUGAUCCUUUACAAGACAAAUCUAUUAGUCUUUAUCAACGAUUUAAGAGAACAUUUAGGCAAUAUGGGAAGGUUUUGAUUCCAGUGCACCUGAUAACUUCUGGUGUUUGGUUUGGAACGUUUUAUUAUGCAGCCAUCAAAGGAGUGAAUGUCAUUCCUUUUCUAGAACUCAUUGGGUUACCUGACAGCGUGGUAAACAUCCUGAAAAAUUCCCAGAGCGGAAAUGCACUGACAGCAUAUGCCAUGUUCAAGAUUGCAACACCUGCCCGGUACACUGUGACCUUGGGAGGAACGUCCUUCACCGUGAAGUACCUGCGCAGCCGAGGCUACAUGUCCACGCCGCCGCCCGUGAAGGAGUACCUGCAGGAUCGCAUGGAGGAGACCAAGGAGCUGCUCUCUGAGAAGAUGGAGGAGACCAAGGACAGGCUCAGCGAGAAGCUACAGGAAACCAAAGAGAAAGUUUCUUUCAAGAAGAAAGUGGAAUAGGGUGCCUUACAUGACAGGAAACACCUGCACUCCAACCCUGAGGACUGGGCACAGACACCUUCAGGCUGUGGUGGCAUGUUGUGUUGUUAGGAGCCUAUUAGAGUAUUCUGAGGGUUCAAGAACUCAGAUACUUUCAAUAUCACUAGAAAAAUCAGUGGCUUUUUCUUUUUUUUUUUUUUUGAAAGGAAGAGAUGAGCAUUGUCAUAAGCAUCUCACGGCAGUGGCUGCCAUGUCGGAAGCGAGAGUUCCUGGAGGCGCUGCAGGGUCCUGUGCGCGGGAGCUCUUGCCAGCUGUCAUAGCGCCUCGGGUACAGGCGAGGCCUGGCACAGGCUGUCCAUCCUGCCGUGUCUGUUCCCCGUGUGGAGGCAGGCUAGAAUCAUCAGAACUGCCUGGGAAUAAAAGGGAAGUCUUUCUAUGAAAAAUGAUCCCAACAGUUGCCUACCAGUUAAAAUUUCUUCUUGGAUGGAGAAAGUUAAAUAAAAAUUCAGUCAUAUAUUUGUAAAUGAAAUGUACUGGUUAUAUGUAAAUAAGAAAUGGAUCCUUUAAAUGGAUUUUUACUUGAAGCUUGUCAUUAUCCUGAUUUUUAAAGCAAAUCUCUUUGGCCAUCGCACUUUUCCCAUCCCGAGCCUUGGUGACCAUCAGCUAGAAUGGAAAGCACAGUUGGCAGUCAGCUGUGUCGCCUCAAGUGGUGGAAACGGAAGUGCUCCCCUAGGGGCUGCCCUGGCCACACCCAGCAAACCCGCGCAGCUGCCCACGGCUGCCUUUCAUCGUUAAUGCUAAUUUCAUCAUGGAGUGAAUUUUAAAGUUGCUGCUAAUUUCUUAAUAGCAAAGCCAGCUGUAAAUGACCUUGGAAUGACAUCAGCCCACUGUCAGACAGGGAGGAUGGCCUGACAGUGGGGCGCAUGAGCUUGUGUGUGUCCGUUUUCCUUUAACUCAGCUGUUGCUUCGCUUCCAACAUAGCAGCCCCUUCCGAUGGGCUCUGCUUUGUCUUGUGUGCUAUAGCAAGAGACCGUGGGUUUGCCCCAUGGGCAUCCUUGCUGUCAGAGUCUUAGGUUGGCCAAAGUUUUAGAAAGUAGUCCAGAGGUGAAACAUGCCCUUGCUCAAUCUGGACGAUACACCAGAGGACUUUGUGAGUCAGCGUGCUGCCAUUGGCGUCCAGGGAGGAGGGGUAGGGAUGCAGCAGAGCGGCCCUGCUCUGGCUCGUGCCUUUGGCUCCUCCCGCAGAGGGGAAAUGCGCUCUCCACCCCAGUCAGCCCUGGGCAUGUCUAAUCAUGGUUCCCAUGUAGUGUGCUUACCAAAUCACAUUUUUGUAGCUAUUAAAUACUAAGACAUUGACAAAUUACUUGUUUCUUCUUUCUUUGUCACUUGAGACUUCCUGUAAAGUUUUGUGCUACAUGAAAUGCUUCUAAAACUAUUUUCUUUUACUUUCCCCACCACGUGGAACUUAUUUUCCAGUGGAGAUAAGCAGCAUUCUUCAAAGUUACUAAUAAUGAGACGAAAGUAUACUUU